AUGUAUAAAGUUCAUGAUUACAUAUUAAAUGAAGAUUCACAAUUGACUUAUCUUUAUACUACUGCUAAUACUACUACUACUAUUACUACUACUACUACUACUACAACUACUACUACUACUACUACAACUACUACUACUACUACUACUACUACUACUACUGAUGAUAAUAAUAAUAAUAAUUCGAAUGAAUUGUUGACUCCCUGUUAUCAUUUAGAAAAUGAAUAA